AUGUAUGAAUUAUUGGCAAUAUCGUGGUUUACGUAUCUGACAACUGAUUUGAUUGAUGAUUCUGGGCUCCUUCGGAGCCCAGAGUUAACCAAUCAAAUUGUAUUUGCCCAAUACUACAGUUAUUCGGUACUGCAUGCCGAAUAA